UUACACCACUGUGUUUGUCAUUCCGCGCUGCUCAAUUUCAGAGCACCACCGUCACCUCCUCCGCUCUCAGAUCCUCCUCCAUUUCCGCCGCCUCCUCUCCACUUCUCGCUCCCAGCUCACCUCUCUCCGCUCCUCAAACGACGUAGUUUCAGCUUCUCCCGCCCACGCGCUUUUCCUCGAACAUAUAACUGCUAAGAACUACUCCGUAUAUAUGCGGAGGAAUCAAUUUUGUUAGCCUGGAAUCAGCCGGUGGAUUUCUCCGGAUAAAACCGCCCUUUUUUGUUUCCUUUCUAAAAGCUAUGCAUAACAUAAACCUCUUUAAUGUGCGGAUUCGAAUAGGAAAUUCGGAAGUGUAAUGUAGCUACACUGUUGAAAGUUUGAAAUAGUGAAGCCGCCAACAGUUACUGGAUAUAGAAGAACUUGCAAGCUCCUUUUUGCAUUUGAUUGGCUCAUAGGAUUUUGUUUUUGUUUUUGUUUUUUGGAAAAUUUGAUGCUCCCUAUACGAUGAAGAAUUGUAACUGGUUUAAGCGAAUUGUGGAGAGUAAUGGGAAGCUGGAGAGGCGGCUGUCGCUGGGAGAGUACAGGCGAGCAGCGUCCUGGUCCAAGUACCUCGUCUCCUCCGGCGCGGCCAUAAAGGAGGAAGGCCGUCAGCAGUGGAGCGCCGACAUGUCAGAGCUCUAUAUUGGGAAUAAGUUUGCCUCUGGGCGCCAUAGUAGGAUUUACAGAGGGGUUUAUAAGCAGAGAGAUGUUGCUAUUAAGCUCAUAAGCCAGCCCGAGGAGGACGAAGACUUGGCAUCUUAUCUGGAAACACAGUUCUCCUCCGAGGUCGCUUUGUUGCUUCGUCUCAAGCAUCCGAAUAUCAUCACUUUUGUUGCGGCAUGUAAGAAACCCCCUGUGUUUUGCAUAAUCACUGAAUAUGUUCCUGGAGGCUCCCUGAGGAAGUACCUACACCAGCAGGAACCAUACUCAGUCCCUCCCAAACUGGUGCUGAAACUGGCUCUUGACAUUGCACGUGGGAUGCAGUAUCUUCAUGCUCUGGGGAUACUUCACAGAGAUCUCAAAUCAGAGAAUCUGUUGCUUGAUGAAAAUAUGUGCGUAAAAGUGGCUGAUUUUGGGAUAUCAUGCUUAGAGUCCCAAUGUGGUAGUGCAAAGGGCUUCACUGGCACUUACCGUUGGAUGGCACCAGAAAUGAUCAAGGAAAAACAUCACACUAGAAAAGUAGAUGUUUACAGUUUUGGCAUCGUUCUCUGGGAACUCUUGACGGCAUUAACACCAUUUGACAAUAUGACACCAGAACAGGCAGCUUUUGCUGUCUGCCAAAAGAAUGCAAGACCACCAUUGCCGUCUGACUGCCCAAAGGCAUUCCAGAAUCUUGUUAAUCGUUGUUGGGCAAGUGAUCCUCAUAAACGGCCACACUUCCAGGAGAUCGUAACAAUUCUGGAAAGCUAUGUUGAAGCAUUCGGGUGUGAUCCAAACUUCUUUUCAACGUAUGAGCCCUCCAGGGAUGCAGUAAUUUUGAGAUGCUUUACAGAAUGUAUGUGUACUGAUUGAUACAUUUCAGGCGCAUGAAUCUGCCUGAAAUCGUUUCAAGUUUUUCAAUUUUCCCCAACACUUUCUGGUUAGGCAACCAAAAAUAUGGUCUGCAAUGCAAGUGUCAUUUUUUCCCCAUUUCUUGUUUCAAUUGUUUCAUUGCUGUCAAAGUGUCAAUGGGUGCGCAUCCCGUUGAAUGUUUGGAAAUGAAAGCAUUUCCUAUUCUGUACUCUUGGCGUUUGUUUUACUCUAUCGGACGAAUGGGACGAUACAUACCCUCAAGUUGUAACGUAUAUUCCUAAUAUUUUAUCACCAGCCAAUCCACAUGUGUAGUGCACGGAUAAUAGAUUAAUUAAUUUAUUUUUGAAAACAAUUUAUAUAAUGAGU